AUGGCAGAUUUGUUUGGCCGUGCAGGACGUUUGGGCGAAGCGUUUGAAAUCAUAAAAAGCAUGCUGUUUUCACCUGAUGCCGGUGUUUGGGGCACUUUGUUGGGAGCCUGUCGGGUCCAUGGAAAUGUUGAACUUGCUGAAUUGGGUGAUGAAUUGAAGGAAAAUAAUGUGCUCAACUGCCCAUCUAAAGCAGAAACCUCUAUCCACCACUACUUUCUUAGAGAAAGGGAAUUGGUCAAUGUCCAAGCCUUGGCCUUCCAAUAG